GACACAUUAAGAUAACAAUGUCUUUGUUUACAAAAAAUUUUUUAGUGAUUUUAGUUCUGUUAAUAUCACUGACAAUUUCUAAUACAAUCGGAACAAUGAUUAAGCCAUCGCAUACUAUGCAAUUUCGAAUGGCAAAGAACAGCGAUGUGAUUGUCAAGAAAUCAUUAACACUCAUUUAUCGUAAUGAAUGGAAUGCAUUUGGCUUAAAAAAAUUGCCUGAGAAAAUAGAUAUUAUUCCAGCUCCGUAUGUUAUGAUAUAUCAGUCGGGUACUGAAACAUGCUUUACAAGAGAUACUUGUAAUCAAAUAGUCCGAGAUCUUCAAGCAAUGAAACUCUUCCUAAAUGAUGAGGGGGAACAGGAUAUCGAGUACAAUUUCCUCAUCAGCGGCGACGGUAACGUGUACGUUGGACGCGGAUGGAAUGCCGUGGGUAAUCAUACAUUUGGAGUCAACAGAAGGAGCGUCGGCAUCGCGUUAAUAGGAACAUUUAACGACCAAAAACCAAGUGAACAUCAAAUUUUUGCUCUUAAAGAUCUCAUCCAACUUGGGAUAGAAACAAAUAAAAUUUGUGAAAAUUUUGAAUUUUAUAAUUACCCUCGAAUGAAUUUACACUUUAAAAACGCAAAGGAAUUAUUCAGCAUCUCAAAAAUCGUGGAUAUUAACGAAAAAUAAAUGACACUAAAUGUAUACAUAUCAGUUUACAUUUUAAAUAAAUUAUUUUAUAAGACUAAUAUAGAUAAUAAAUGUAAUAAGGACUUCCUCAUUAAAAUGUUAAAUGACUAUGAUUUGUAACAUGAAAGUAAUUACAACUAUUUGCUGGCUACUAUUUUCCAAUAUCAAUUACAUUCUGUACAUAAUUAAUUAUAUCACA